AUGGAUGGAAAUAAUCUUGUCAGACGCUCGUGCUGUGGGGGUCUCCAGGAGGAGGGUGUGGGGGUCUCCAGAAGGAGGGUGUGGGGGUCUCCAGGAGGAGGGUGUGGGGGUCUCCAGGAGGAGGGUGUGGGGGUCUCCAGGAGGGGGCUGGGUGCCAGGCGGGUCGGCAGCAGACCUCCUCCCAUUCACUAUAAAACCCCUAGAUCCACCCCUAAUCUGCCUCUUUCUGUUACCUGGCACAGGGGCAGCUGCAUCGGCCUUGAAACCCACAGAAACACCGAAACCAACACAAUGGGAAAGGAAAAGAUCCACAUUAACAUCGUGGUCAUCGGCCAUGUCGACUCCGGAAAGUCCACUUCCACCGGUCAUCUGAUCUACAAAUGCGGUGGAAUCGACAAGAGAACCAUCGAGAAGUUCGAGAAGGAGGCCGCGGAGAUGGGCAAGGGCUCUUUCAAAUAUGCCUGGGUGCUGGACAAGCUGAAGGCAGAGCGUGAGCGUGGAAUCACCAUCGACAUCGCUCUGUGGAAGUUUGAGACCGGCAAGUACUACGUGACCAUCAUCGAUGCUCCUGGACACAGGGACUUCAUCAAGAACAUGAUCACUGGUACUUCUCAGGCUGACUGUGCCGUGCUCAUCGUCGCUGCUGGUGUUGGAGAGUUUGAAGCUGGAAUCUCUAAGAACGGACAGACCCGUGAGCACGCCCUGCUCGCCUUCACCCUGGGCGUCAAGCAGCUCAUCGUUGGAAUCAACAAAAUGGACUCCACUGAGCCCCCGUACAGCCAGGCCCGUUACGACGAAAUCACCAAAGAAGUCAGCGCCUACAUCAAGAAGAUCGGCUACAACCCCGCCACCGUGGCCUUCGUGCCCAUCUCUGGGUGGCACGGAGACAACAUGUUGGAGAAGAGUGAGAAGAUGACGUGGUUUAAGGGAUGGAAGAUCGAGCGUAAAGAUGGUGGUGCUAGCGGCACCACACUCCUGGAGGCUCUGGACGCCAUCCAGCCGCCUUCUCGUCCCACCGACAAGCCCCUCCGUCUGCCCCUGCAGGAUGUCUACAAAAUCGGAGGUAUCGGCACAGUCCCUGUGGGUCGUGUGGAGACUGGCGUCCUGAAGCCCGGCACGGUGGUGACCUUCGCUCCUCCUAACCUGACCACUGAGGUCAAGUCUGUGGAGAUGCACCAUGAGUCUCUGCCUGAAGCUGUGCCCGGAGACAACGUUGGCUUCAACGUAAAGAACGUGUCCGUGAAGGAAAUCCGCCGUGGAAACGUUGCUGGUGACAGCAAGAACGACCCUCCCAAGGCCGCAGAGAACUUCAACGCUCAGGUCAUCGUCCUGAACCACCCCGGUCAGAUCAGCGCCGGGUACGCUCCAGUCCUGGAUUGCCACACAGCUCACAUUGCCUGCAAGUUCAGCGAGCUGGUCGAGAAGAUCGACCGCCGUUCUGGAAAGAAGAUGGAGGACAACCCUAAAUUUGUGAAAACUGGAGACGCCGCCAUUGUUAAGAUGAUCCCACAGAAGCCCAUGGUCGUAGAGUCCUUCUCAAACUAUCCUCCCCUCGGUCGUUUCGCUGUGCGUGACAUGAGGCAGACCGUGGCCGUCGGCGUCGUCAAGUCGGUUACUCCAAAGGAAGCUACAAGUGGCAAAGUCACCAAGGCUGCCGAAAAAGCCCAGAAGAAGAAAUGA